ACGAUACUGUAUAUUUGUAUAACGUGUGCAUACGUUCUAUAUUAUACUUUAUUCAUUCCGCCUUGAUCACAAACACGUCCCUGGACGAGGAAUUGUAUACUUUAAUUGAUCAAAGAUUCAUCUGAAGAUAAAAAUGUCUGACCCAUGUAACUGCAAGAAAACGGGAAAUUGUCUGUGUUCAGACACCUGUCCCUCCACUGGGUGUAACUGUGCUUCUGGGUGUAAAUGUGGAGCCGGCUGUAAAUGUCCCGGAUGCCAGAUUGUUUGUAAAUGCAACGGUUCCUGUGCAUGCGGAGUAGGGUGUACUGGACCUGACACGUGCAAAUGUGCUGCUGAUUCGGGAUGUAGCUGCAAAUACAAAGAAGUGAUCAAUAAAAUCAACACAAUAACAUCAACGGACCAAAACAUCAAUUCAAUUAAAGUCAUUCUUUUCCAGAUUCAUCUGAAGAUAAAAAUGGCUGAUCCAUGUAACUGCAAGAAAACGGGAAAUUGUCAGUGUUCAGACACCUGUCCCUCCACUGGGUGUAAUUGUGCUUCUGGGUGUAAAUGUGGAGCCGACUGUAAAUGUCCCGGAUGCCAGAUUGUUUGUAAAUGCAACGGUUCCUGUGCAUGCGGAGUUGGGUGUACUGGACCCGACACGUGCAAAUGUGCUGCUGAUUCGGGAUGUAGCUGCAAAUAGUGAAUUAAUGGUCGCAUGAACAGGCGAUAUUCAUUCAUACAUAGACAACAAUACACACAUAAUAUUGACUAUAAUCCAUAUUUUCAUAUCUUUUUUCAUAUUCUGUGAUUUUAUUGACGAAAUAAAUAAGUGAAAUUAAAA